AUGGCGCCUUCCAUCGGUGCUAUGUCCGCCUACCUUGACCCAGCGCUUUGCGCGAACCCAUGCGGCCAAGGCGGCGCAAUCGAACUUUGCGCGAACAAUGCCGUUAAUGCUUGCAGUGGUUGUCAGAUCGUACAGUACUGCUCUAAGGAGUGUCAGAAGAAGCACUGGCCACUCCACAAGGUCACCUGCAAGUCUGAACUCAUGAAGACGUCUUGGAAGCCAGAAUGGCAUCGAAACCACCGAAUACCGGUAUUCAUCAGUGACAGAACACCACUUGCCAUGUUCGGAACGAAGAAGUACCUCUGGGGCAACAUGCCUGCUCUCGACAUCCUCAACCUCAAGGACAACGAAGGCGACACUGACCUCAAUCGUGAUCUUGCACUUCUUUUUGCAGCGUCUGGAGACCCUCGAAACAUCUUCAAGACCGUUGCUGGCCUGCCAAUCGGCUGCAAGAGUAGGUGUCAUGUCACCGUCAACGACAUGGACUUCGACAUCGUUGCCAGGAACGCCAUCAUGUUGCUUAUCGCUCUCCACUACGAGCCAGAAGAGGCCGUUCCUAUGAUCAUCCACUUUUGGUACUCAGCUCUGCUGCCAGCCAUGAUGGUGCAGUCUCUCCAGGCUAACGUUCUUCCUUUGAUUGAGGAUGUUUGCGGUAAGAUUGCGAGUAAGGCAUCGGACGCUCUGCAAGCAAAGACGUUCACCAUCCGCGGCCGCACUUUACGCCUUGUGCUGAAAAAGCAAGAGUGGUUGCGCCUGGGUACUUAUUUCGAUGUUCCAGAAGGUCUCAGCGCAGGUGAUGCCGAUAGCCUCCGUCGCGAAGUCACUCUGGCCCCUUCCAGGGUGGACUACCGCGAUCGCGCCAUGCUGAACUGGACCCCUACCCUUCGUCAAUGUGAGGAGCGGUUUCGUAUGACAGGUAUUCUGCUGCCAUACGGUUGCUCUCAAGGACCUGAUUUUGACACACCCAACCCACUCCGACGACUGACAAAACAUAGGACCUUCUUCCAGGAGAAGGACUGGCCCAUGAUGGAUAGCGCGUGUCCGAGGGAGGGCUGGGAUUGCGCUGAGUACACAAAGCAUGCACCGAUUGCCAAGGCUGAUACAUAUGGCGCCCUGUUCUUCAUGCUCCGUGAUCUGCUCCUCAGAUUCUGCGAGCGCGUCCACAAGGUCAAGAUUUCUUUUGAACUCUUCUGCAUCAAUGCCGUGAAUAUCGGCAACCACACGGGUACGAGGCGCUUCGACCGCAUCGAGAUCUCCAACAUCUGCGACCGCGGCUACAUCGGCCCUCAAGCUUGCUUCAUGGCAUUCUCUCCACUUCUGAAGGACAAGAGCGCAAACUCCAAGGCCUCAAUGCUGAUGCUGUUCCUCAAUGCCGUCAAAGAGAUUGACCACACCAGCAGCGACACCGUGAGCAAGCAGCUGCGCAUGAGCAUGGCCAUGAAUCGCACGCGGAAGUAUCUCCCGAUACACAAGUACACCCCACCAACAAGCUAUGGCGACCCUGACCUGAUUCGUCGCACGUCGUGUCUUGACGCCUUGACAGACUAUAGUGGAGUCUUUGAGACCUUCUUGAGGGAUGAGCUCAUCGCUGAAGGGGCUCGCGCGAACGGUUUGAAGAUCAAGGACAAGCACACCAUCGUCGAGCCCUGGCCCUACAAGGUUGGUAUGCGCGCUACCAAGAAGGAGUUUGACAUACUCGUCGCUGGAUCUACUUCUGGCUACGAGCGAUACAUGGAAGUUGAGAAGCUCUAG